AGCUGCUAAUGCUUGUAUUGAAUUACAUUCGAAUUAUAAUUAUACAUUGUGGACACAUAAAAAAAUUUUAGAUUGGUUAAAAAUUCAUUAUACAUGGUUUUUACCUAUUUAUGAAAAUUAUCAACAUGAUAUGCAACGAAUUGAUGCUAUGAAAUAUUUAUUAUUAUUUCAUUUUGGUGGUAUCUAUAUUGAUCUUGAUGUUAAAUGUAAUGUUCAAGAUAUAAUUACUUCUAUGUUACCUUUGGAUAAACAAGAUUAUGAACCAGAUAUUAUAUUUCAUAUGGGUACAGAAGGAAUAUCAGCAAAUACAGAUAUAAUUGCAGCAAAAAAAUUUCAUCCAUUUUUUAAAUUAGCUAUUAGUCAACUUAAAACAGCAAAUCGUUGGUUUUAUUUAUAUCAUUUAACUAUUAUACUUAGUGCUGGUCCUACAUUUCUUUAUGGUAUUUAUAAACAAUUUCCAUUGAAAGAUAUUUUUUAUUAUGUACCAAAUAAUGUAUUAUAUGGAAAAUUAAUUGAAGGUGUUGGUGGAGGAACAUGGUAUGAAGGUGCUACAGAAAGUGGAAAUGAAGACAAUGAUCAUGAUGUAAUUGUUGGAAAAAAUAAAAAAUAUGAUCCACAUCGAGCACUUAAUAUUGACUUAAGUGAAAAACCUAUUCAAUCGAUUCCUACAUCACCACCACCGUUGACAUCUCAAUUAAAAGAACCAGUUCCUAAACAAGUUGAAACACCUCCUAUAUUAACUGGAAAACCAAAAAGAUCUAAGAAAAAGAAAAUAAUUGAAAAACAAGAACAAUCAUCAACAUCGAAAUCUAAACACAAACGAGAAAGUAGUGAUUAUAAAGGGUUAUUAUCACCAGCUGAUGAGGAAGAAAAUUGUCCAAAUUCAACACCUCCUCUUCCUGCUAUUGCAAAAAAACCAAAGAAAAAAAAAUCAUCAUCAGAAACAACAACAACAGAAUACUCAAUUAAUCCAGAUUCAUCAAUAGCUCAACUUGAUGUAACAUUUCUUUUAAAAAAUCGAACAUCAUUUAUUAUUGAUCAUAUUAAUAUUCAUUGUAUUGAUAGUAUGAGUUCGAAAUUAUUAAAUACAACAAGUACAAAUUUAAUAUCAUUUCCAUUUAUAAGUAUUUUUCCUCAUUUACAAAAUUAUAUUCAUAUUUAUUUUUCAAUAAAUGCUAUAUCAUUUUCUCAAAAAUUAAAAACAACAUUAACUUAUUCUAUAAAUAAAUCAAAUACAAUUGAAGCAGAUAGAAUUGAAUUUAAACUUAAUUUACCUUGUUCACAAUAUUUACGACGAAAGACUAUUGACUCUUCGAGUGUAUUGAUAUGUCAAUCACAACUUCGUAUUUCAUCAUCUAAUCAAGACUUUCUAUUGAUGAUUAAUACAAUUUGUCAAUCUUAUCGAUUAACUGUUGUCGAAAAAAUUAAUUCGGCUGCAUCUUUAUAUGCUGAAACAAUUCUUGAACAACCAAUAGCUCUCUUAUUUAAAUCAAUAUUCUAA